AUACACAGUGAAAACAGCAUGGCAAGCAAUGUAGGGAGCCUUCCCUGUUUGUCUACCACACAAACUCUUUCUAAAUCCUCAACCCCAUUUAGAACUCCACCUAAUUUCAACCCCACUUCUUUUACUCAUCAAUUUAUCCACUCCCUCGGAAACAAUCUUCCGAUAGAACCUCUGCAAGAAAAAGCAACAAAGUUGGAGGAGAAAGUGCGAUUUAUGAUUAAUGGAGCAGACAUGGAACCACUGACCUUACUUCAACUCAUUGAUGAUAUUGAACGCCUGGGACUGUUCUUCAGGUUCCAGGACUGGAUAAACAAAACCCUUCUCGCACUUGUUUCAAUUCAAAACUUCAAAGACCGAACCACAACAAGUCUGCAUGAAACCGCUCUUCUUUUUCGAAUCCUCAGACGACAUGGCUUUGAUGUCUCCCAUGGUAUUUUUAUGAAUUUCAAAGAUGAAAAGGGAAAAUUCAAGGCUGAAAUUAGCAACGACGUACAAGGAAUGUUAAGUUUGUACGAAGCAUCAUACUUAACCUUGGAAGGAGAAGAAAGUGUUUGGGAGGCAAAUGCAUUUUCAAGAACACAUCUAAUGAAUUUAAUGAAGGAAAAAUCAAUGGAUGUGAAAAUGGCAGAAAAAGUUAAGUAUGUAUUGGAAGGGCUUCCCUAUCAUAAAAGUUGUUGCAGACUAGUGGCACAACACUAUAUCAACACAUAUGAUAAGACAAAACCGCAUAAUCUCUUAUUGUUAGAGCUUGCAAAGCUGGAAUUCAACAUGGUGCAAUCAUCAUAUCAGAACGAGUUAAAAGAACUAUCAAGGUGGUGGUGGGACGUUGACCUCUCAAGUAAACUAAAAUUUGCUCGAGACAGAUUAGUAGAAACAUUUAUUUGGAUGGUAGCAAUUUUUCCUGAACCACAGCUUGUUGUGUGUCGCAAAAGAAUGAGUAAGGUAAUAGUAUUAGUUACAUACCUUGAUGAUAUAUAUGAUAUCUACGGUACUUUAGAUGAAUUGGAGCUCUUCACAGAUGCCGUUGAAAGAUGGGACGUGAAUUCCAUAAACACUCUUCCAGACUACAUGGUAUUGUGCUUUCUAGCCAUCUAUAACACUAUUAAUGGGAUGGCUUAUGACAUCUUCAAAGAACGAGGCAUCAAUUGUCUUCCUUACCUCACAAAAUAUUGGUCUGAUUUGUGCAAAGCAUACCUCCAAGAAGCAAAAUGGUUUCACAACAAAAUUAUUCCACCAUUUGAUAAGUACUUAGAAAAUGCAAGGAUCUCGAUCGCAGCAGGGGCUAUUCUUACUCAUUUCUACUUCUUGGUCAGCCAAGACAUCUCAGAACAAGUGAUUCAUUCUUUAACUGAUCAUGAUCAUGACUUGUUGCGCUCUGUAUACACAAUUUGUAGGCUUAGCAAUGAUUUGGGAACAUCAACGGACGAGAUAGAGAGGGGUGAAACCUCAAAUUCAAUUGUGAGUUAUAUGCAUGAAACUGGUCUUUCAGAAGAAAAUGUCCGUCAAUACUUCAAAACUUUGAUGGAGAAAGAAUGGAAAAACUUGAAUAAAUAUCUGGUUAAGGAUUCUAUAUUCCCUAAAUCUUUUGUUCAAGUUGUCAUUAAUCUUGCUCGAAGUGGUCAUUUCGUAUAUCAAUAUGGAGAUGGAUUUGGACGACAAAACAAUAUAUCAAAGAGCAGAAUUACGUCAUUUCUAAUGUACCCGUUCCCGUUAAUGUAA